AUGACUACUACCACCUCUUUCCCACUUCUCCAUCUCCCUGCAAAAUCUCUGAAACAUGCACUUUGCUGUCUGAUUCCAGAGGAAAUAAUCAAGUUCUCUCUGGUAUCGAAAUCUACAAAACGAGCUGCUGAAUCGUUGAACCUCCAAAAAAGCAUUUACACGAUUAUGAUCGACGAAUUCGUUCGUAUAAACGUGGAAUGUAGGAUAAUCAAAUGGAAUCCUUCGGAAGUCGAUUUAAGAACUCUUAUAGAUCACACUCGAUGUGUGUUUCACACGAAUGAAGUCUGUCUUUUGAAUAUUAAAAGUGACAAUCACGACUGGCAAUCUAUACAUAAAGCUCUAGGCGGCUUGAACUGCUCUAGGGCAUCUCUGGAAGUUCAGUCCCAGAACAUCUGGCUCCAGAGAAUUGUUAAUCAGUUUUCCAGUGGUUCUCUUGAUCUAUUUUUCUCGAAAUCCACUUGGUAUCAUCCGAUAUUAAGCGCACACCGACUUCAAUUGAAUCUUUGCUUUCGCUUCACUGGUUUUUCCUGUGUAAGCUGUGAGCACUUGAGGAUAAACUCUAAAAUGAGUUCGCAGGCUUUAAACUUAUUUUUAAAACAUUGGAUGAGAGGGGAGUAUAAGUCUCUUAAAAGCCUACACGGUUAUGUGGGACCUGAAGUGAGUUCAGAUGAGAUUUUCAAAGAAGUGGAGUACCAGGAGACCGAGAAUGCCAAAACUGCACUAGACCGGCAUUGGGGACUCAUGAAAGUCAGUAGAGACAUCUACCGAUUCGAUGGAACACGGGCGACUUUUGUUUCAUUAUACGGAUAUGUAGAUCUAAAUGUCUUGAAGUGA